UUUCGCUAAAACCAAUCAUCGUUAGCGACGACAUCUUUAAAGUAAGAAACUUCCGGGAUGGUUCUGGAAUCAGACGUAAAGCAUAGUCACAAGUAGUUAGGGUCAGUUCCUUUCUCCACGCAGUUGUUACACAGAGAAAGAAAACUUAGCUCAACAUGGCUGGUCUUGUCUCUCGGCUGAUAAUAUUUUCAGUCUCACCUUUCACUAGCUCCGCUCAUCAGGAACAUUUCAAAAAUGACAACCUUCAAGAAAGCUGUUCUGACUGUCAAAACAUACUUGAAGGCAUGAAACAAAUUCACGAGGAAUUGAAGAAGUAUCUUGAGGAAGAUGAAACAGCUCGAGCGCAUUUCAUUGAAAGUUUUGCUGCCUGGAUUUCUACACGAGAUAAAUCCAUUAAGUAUCUCAACAAGAUAGAUAUUCACUUCAAAAAUACAAGUUUGGGUGAUAAAAUCUCAAAGAUUGGUUCAUCUGCUGGUAAAAUAGGUGGCACUAUGGCUGUGGUCGGAAUUACUUUAGCACCAGUUACUGGCGGUUUUUCGUUAGGUUUAAGUGCAGGUGGCGCUGCUUUAGCAGCUGCUGGCAAAUUAACUGCUGAAGGAGCAAAUGUUGCAGGAUCAAUCAUCUACAAAAACAAAUGUCAAAAAAUCAUAUCGACUCUGGAUAAAGACACAAAACAAAGUGACGAACUUUUUAAAAAUAUGGAAACCCUGAAACGCUGUGACGAAAAUCGGGAGGAACUCCUUAAAGAAGUAAAAGAGUUUAUAGACAUUAUUGAGAAUGGGGUAAAUGCCAGUAAGUCAGUCGUGGGGCUUUUAGAGAAAGCAGUAGAAUUUUCACAGAACUUAGCCCAUCUUGAAGAAGUAACGUUUGAAAGUGCUGAUAAAGUUUUAAAACAAACUUUUACAAUUUCAUCAGUAAAUGGUACAUUUGAAGAAAAGACAAUUUGUGACCAGGUUGAUCUUAAGCCACCUUCAAACCCGAUCUCCCAAAGUUCUGGUGAGGGUUCAGUUGUAUCCCCAGUAAAGAAAAAAAGAAUUAGCAUCAAAUUGAAAUCGAAAGAUUCAAAAAAAUAACUUCGUGACUUCAUGACCUCAUGAAAUCUCCAGAGAAAAAUAUAGCUUGACCAAAUGAAGGAUUGUUAUUGGAAAAUAAAUGAUCACUUGCCAUUAGGGUUAUGAUAUUUCCGUUACAUGAAAAGAGACCUGAACUUUAUUAAAAAAGAAGAAAACAACAAAAAACAAAUUCAACCCUUCUUACGUUUCAUUUCCGGUUAUACGAAUCUGUUUUGUUUUUCAAUUUUUGUAACCAAAGUUUGGUACAAUAAACAAUAUCUUAAUUCUGUAUGACGUCAUUAUUCCUCCUUACGUUUUAUUUCUGGUUAUAUGAACGUGUUUUUGUUUUUCCAUUGUAACCAAAGCUUGGUACAUUAAACAAUUUCUUAAUUCUG